ACAACUAUUUGCCCCUAUAUAUACCUCGCUCAUCCUGACAACAGCAUACUCACUCUUGGCUUCUUAACGAACUCAUCCCUACAACAAUGGCCUUUAAGUUCGUCGUUUUCUCCUGCAUCGUGGCUUUUGCCCGUGCAAGUGCACCCGUGGCUGUAGCUGUGGGCGCAGCGGCACGGCUGGAGCAAUUCGACGCCCUCCCACAGUACAGAUUUGGAUAUAACGUAGCGGAUUCUUUAACUGGCGAUUACAAGAGUCAACAGGAGCAACGUGAUGGUGAUUUAGUCCAAGGAUCCUACUCCUUGGUGGACCCUGAUGGUACACGCCGCACUGUUGAUUACUCCGCUGACUCAGUAAAUGGAUUUAAUGCGGUAGUACGAAGGGAACCUUUAGUGGCCGCUGGGCCAGCAGUAGUAGCUGAACCUGUAUUGUCCGCACGAUUUGCUGCUGCUCCUGUGGCCGCUGCUCCUUUGGUUACUGCACCAGUUGCCAGAUACACUGCACCCGUGGCAUACUCCGCUUACACAGCGCCAGCAGCCAGGCUUGCAGCUUACAGCGCUCCACUAGCAUACUCAUCUAGGCUUACUGCUUACCCUUCACCGUUCGUGGCGCCUGUAGCAAGGCUUACAGCUGCACCUAUUGUUGCUUAAAAAACGAUUAUCUGUACGGACUGAUCUUGAUUUUGCUAAUAAAUUUUUACUUUA